UCUCUCGCGUUCGCCUCUCCUCUGAGGCGCGAUCCCCCCCCUCGCUCCCUUUUCUCGAACCCCCCCUCUCUUUCUCUCUCUAGAGACAUUUACCCGCCAAAAAUCAAAUCCAAAUCCCAAAUCUCACUGGAACGAAGUGGAAUCGGCCCCGAUCGCUUCGUCUUCGUCCCCCUUCUUCAAAACCCUAGUUCCGCAAUCGAAACCCUAGUUCUUCGAUCGGAUCCAACCUCAGUUCGUAGCCAUGGACAUGCGGUUCCCCUUCUCCCCGGCGGAGGUCGCCAAGGUCCGCACCGUCCAGUUCGGCAUCCUCAGCCCCGACGAGAUCCGGCAAAUGUCGGUGGUGCAGAUCGAGCACUCCGAGACGAUGGAGCGGGGGAAGCCGAAGCCCGGGGGACUCAGCGACCCGCGGCUCGGGACCAUCGACCGGAAGAUGAAGUGCGAGACGUGCAUGGCCAACAUGGCGGAGUGCCCGGGCCACUUCGGGCACCUCGAGCUUGCCAAGCCCAUGUUCCAUAUCGGCUUCCUCAAGACCGUUCUCGCCAUCAUGCGAUGCGUCUGCUUCAAUUGCUCUAAGAUCCUUGCUGAUGAGGAUGAUACUCGAUUCAAGCAAGCAUUAAAAAUUAGAAAUCCAAAGAAUAGAUUAAAAAGAAUAUAUGAUGCUUGCAAAAGCAAGAAGAGAUGUGCUGGCGGUGAUGAUAUUGACGUUCAGGGUCAGCAAGAUACAGAUGAACCAGUAAAAAAAAGCCGAGGUGGUUGCGGUGCGCAGCAGCCAAACAUCACUGUAGAUGGUAUGAAAAUGGUUGCAGAAUUCAAAGCUUCAAAGAAGAAAUCUGAUGACCAAGAACAGCUUCCAGAACCGGUUGAAAGAAAACAAAUUCUCUCUGCUGAAAGGGUGCUUAACGUUCUUAAGCGGAUCAGCGACGAGGACUGUCUAUUGUUAGGUCUAAACCCUAAAUAUGCCCGUCCUGACUGGAUGAUAUUGCAAGUUCUUCCAAUUCCUCCACCUCCUGUGAGGCCUUCUGUAAUGAUGGAUACCUCAUCUAGAAGUGAGGAUGAUCUGACUCAUCAGCUGGCAAUGAUAAUUAGACAUAAUGAAAAUCUGAGAAGGCAAGAGAGGAAUGGUGCCCCGGCUCACAUAAUAACAGAGUUUGCUCAAUUACUGCAAUUUCAUAUCGCAACAUAUUUUGAUAAUGAGCUUCCCGGGCAGCCGAGGGCUACACAGCGAUCAGGGCGACCCAUCAAAUCUAUUUGUAGUAGGCUUAAGGCAAAAGAAGGUCGAAUUAGAGGUAACUUGAUGGGUAAGCGUGUUGAUUUUUCAGCUCGAACGGUUAUCACACCUGACCCAACUAUAAACAUUGAUGAACUGGGAGUGCCGUGGAGUAUAGCGUUGAAUUUAACAUACCCAGAAACCGUAACUCCAUAUAACAUUGAGAGAUUGAAGGAGCUUGUUGAAUACGGGCCUCAUCCUCCUCCUGGGAAAACUGGUGCGAAAUACAUUAUAAGGGAAGAUGGUCAGAGGCUUGAUCUCCGAUAUUUGAAAAAAAGCAGUGAUCAGCAUCUGGAACUUGGAUACAAGGUGGAGAGGCACUUGCAAGAUGGGGACUAUGUUCUUUUUAAUCGUCAGCCUAGUCUCCACAAAAUGUCUAUUAUGGGUCAUCGCAUUAAAAUUAUGCCAUACUCAACUUUCCGGUUGAACUUGUCAGUUACUUCGCCUUAUAAUGCUGAUUUUGAUGGAGAUGAAAUGAACAUGCAUGUCCCUCAAUCAUUCGAAACUAGAGCAGAAGUUUUGGAGCUAAUGAUGGUGCCAAAAUGCAUUGUCUCGCCUCAAUCAAAUCGACCUGUUAUGGGAAUUGUCCAGGACACCCUUCUUGGCUGUAGAAAGAUUACUAAAAGAGAUACAUUCAUUGAAAAGGAUGUUUUUAUGAACAUCUUGAUGUGGUGGGAAGAUUUUGAUGGGAAGAUUCCUGCUCCAGCCAUUUUAAAGCCUAGACCUCUCUGGACAGGGAAGCAAGUUUUCAAUCUUAUCAUCCCGAAGCAAAUAAAUCUAAUUCGAACUUCAGCAUGGCACUUGGAGUCCGAAACUGGAUUUAUUACCCCUGGUGAUACUCUUGUUCGGAUAGAGAAAGGAGAACUUCUUUCGGGUACUCUGUGCAAAAAAACCCUUGGAACAUCUACAGGAAGUCUUAUUCAUGUCAUUUGGGAAGAGGUUGGGCCAGAUGCUGCUCGCAAGUUUUUGGGCCACACCCAGUGGCUUGUCAACUACUGGCUUUUGCAAAAUGGUUUUAGUAUUGGAAUUGGUGACACAAUUGCUGAUGCAGCAACCAUGGAAAAGAUUAACGAGACAAUUUCAAAAGCCAAAAAUGAGGUGAAAGAACUUAUCAAGCUUGCACAGGAGAAGCAGUUGGAAGCUGAGCCUGGGCGAACUAUGAUGGAAUCAUUCGAAAAUAGAGUGAAUCAGGUCUUGAAUAAGGCUCGUGAUGAUGCCGGGAGCAGUGCUCAGAAGAGCUUAUCCGAGAGUAACAAUCUUAAGGCGAUGGUCACAGCAGGCUCAAAGGGUAGUUUUAUUAACAUUUCACAAAUGACUGCUUGUGUCGGGCAACAAAAUGUGGAGGGCAAACGAAUCCCUUUUGGGUUCAUUGGUAGAACAUUGCCUCACUUCACGAAGGAUGACUAUGGCCCUGAAAGUCGUGGUUUUGUGGAGAACUCCUACCUUCGUGGUUUGACACCUCAGGAGUUCUUCUUUCAUGCUAUGGGUGGUAGGGAAGGUCUGAUCGAUACUGCUGUUAAAACGUCUGAAACAGGGUAUAUUCAACGGCGUCUUGUGAAGGCUAUGGAGGACAUAAUGGUCAAGUAUGAUGGUACGGUGAGAAAUUCCUUGGGAGAUGUCAUCCAAUUCCUUUAUGGAGAGGAUGGUAUGGAUGCCGUUUGGAUCGAAUCCCAAAAACUGGAUUCCUUGAAGAUGAAAAAGUCGGAGUUUGACAAUGUUUUCACGUAUGAGAUAGACGAUCCGAAUUGGAAUCCAAGCUACAUGUUGCCAGAGCAUGUUGAUGAUCUAAAAUCGAUUAAAGAGUUCAGAAAUGUUUUUGAGGCGGAGGUUCAAAAAUUAGAAGCUGAUCGUAUUCAGUUGGGGACGGAGAUUGCUACUACUGGCGAUAACACAUGGCCUAUGCCUGUUAAUCUCAAAAGACUCAUCUGGAAUGCUCAGAAGACUUUUAAGAUAGAUUUGAGGAGGCCAUCUGAUAUGCACCCAAUGGAGAUUGUUGAAGCUAUCGAUAAGCUGCAAGAGAGGUUGAAAGUUGUCCCUGGUGAUGAUCUAAUGAGCAUCGAAGCUCAGAAAAAUGCCACCUUGUUUUUCAAUAUUCUACUUCGCAGUACAUUUGCCAGUAAGCGGGUCUUGAAGGAGUACAGGCUCACUCGCGAAGCUUUUGAAUGGGUUAUUGGUGAAAUAGAGUCUCGUUUCUUACAGUCUCUUGUAGCUCCAGGCGAAAUGAUUGGCUGUGUGGCCGCCCAAUCUAUUGGUGAACCAGCAACUCAGAUGACCCUGAAUACUUUCCACUAUGCUGGUGUCAGUGCGAAGAAUGUUACUCUUGGUGUACCCCGUUUGAGGGAAAUCAUUAAUGUUGCUAAGAAAAUAAAAACCCCAUCGCUCUCAGUUUACCUAAAGCCUGAAAUCAACAAGAAGAAGGAAAUGGCUAAGAACGUUCAAUGUGCUUUGGAGUACACUACGUUGCGCAGUGUCACUCAUGCUACAGAGAUAUGGUACGAUCCUGACCCAUUGGGCACGCUUAUUGAGGAGGAUGUCGAAUUUGUUAAGUCAUACUAUGAAAUGCCUGACGAAGAUAUUGCUCCUGAAAAGAUAUCUCCGUGGCUGCUUCGCAUUGAACUCAAUCGUGAGAUGAUGGUUGAUAAGAAGCUGAGCAUGGCAGAUAUUGCGGAGAAGAUAAAUCAUGAGUUCGAUGAUGACUUGACUUGCAUAUUUAAUGAUGAUAAUGCAGACAAGCUCAUUCUCCGCAUCCGUAUAAUGAAUGAUGAAGCUCCUAAAGGCGAAUUACAAGAUGAAUCGGCCGAGGAUGAUGUCUUCCUUAAGAAGAUUGAAAGCAACAUGUUAACUGAAAUGGCUCUGCGAGGCAUUCCUGAUAUACAUAAGGUUUUUAUCAAGUCUGGGAAGGUUAAUCGGUUUGACAAGAGCGAAGGGUUCAAACCAGAUGUUGAGUGGAUGCUCGAUACAGAAGGGGUUAAUCUAUUAGCUGUUAUGUGUCACGAAGAUGUCGACGCUACAAGGACAACAAGUAAUCAUUUGAUUGAAGUUAUUGAAGUCCUCGGAAUUGAGGCAGUUCGACGAGCCUUAUUGGAUGAAUUGCGAGUGGUUAUCUCUUUUGAUGGCUCCUAUGUCAACUAUCGGCAUCUGGCUAUUCUUUGCGACACAAUGACCUAUAGAGGCCACUUAAUGGCCAUCACCAGGCACGGUAUCAAUCGCAAUGAUACUGGACCACUAAUGAGAUGUUCAUUUGAGGAGACCGUCGAUAUCCUUCUCGAUGCUGCUGUCUAUGCUGAAUCCGACCACCUUAGAGGUGUUACUGAGAACAUCAUGCUCGGCCAGCUGGCGCCUAUCGGCACGGGAGGUUGUUCCUUAUAUUUGAACGACCAGAUGUUACAGCAAGCAAUCGAGCUUCAACUUCCAAGCUAUAUCGAAGGUUUGGAGUUUGGAAUGACACCGGCUCGUUCGCCCAUAUCCGGAACACCUUAUCAUGAAUCAAUGAUGUCCCCAAGUUACUUCAUGAGCCCGAAUGUCAGAUCAUCACCAAUAACGGAUGCUCAGUUCUCUCCUUAUGUUGGUGGGAUGGUUUUCUCUCCUGGUUCUUCGCCGGGAUAUAGUCCGUCCUCACCAGGAUACAGUCCGUCAUCUCCUGGAUAUAGCCCGACUUCACCAGGAUAUAGCCCGACUUCUCCUGGAUAUAGUCCUACAUCGCCCGGUUACAGUCCCACUUCCCCAACAUACAGCCCUAGCUCUCCUGGUUAUAGUCCUACUAGUCCUGCUUAUUCACCGACAAGUCCUUCCUAUUCUCCCACUUCUCCAAGCUAUAGUCCUACUUCCCCCAGCUAUAGCCCGACUUCUCCAUCUUACAGUCCUACUUCUCCUACAUACAGCCCUACUUCACCCAGCUACAGCCCAACUUCUCCAGCUUAUAGUCCGACUUCACCUGCGUAUAGCCCAACUUCUCCAGCAUACAGCCCAACAUCACCUUCUUACAGCCCAACUUCGCCCUCGUACAGCCCGACUUCGCCCUCCUACAGCCCGACUUCGCCCUCGUACAGCCCGACUUCGCCCUCUUACAGCCCGACUUCGCCUACAUACAGCCCAACUUCUCCUUCAUAUAGUCCCACUUCACCUGCAUAUAGCCCCACUUCUCCUGGUUACAGCCCUACUUCUCCUAGUUACAGUCCUACUUCACCCACCUACAGCCCUACAUCACCGAGCUUCAAUCCCCCUUCAGCUAAAUACAGCCCUUCUCAUGCCUAUUCUCCGAGUAGCCCACGGCUGAGUCCGUACAGUCAGACAUCUCCAAAUUACAGCCCAACCUCGCCAUCAUAUUCUCCAACUUCACCAUCAUUUACUCCACCAAGUCCUACAUACAGUCCCACAAGCCCGUACAACCCCGGUGGUAACCCAGAUUACAGUCCAACUUCUCCUCAAUACAGUCCGAGUGCAAGCUACUCACCAACCGCACCCGGCUACUCGCCCUCUUCCACCAGUCAAUACUCUCCGCAGAUGAGCAACAAGGACGACGAGAGCACGCACGGAUGAGAAAUUCAAAGCAUUUCCACUGCACAAGAUCCUCAUAUUUGUAACUCUGGGAGAAGGUCUACAUGGGGGGAGGGCUCAAAACUACUAAAUGUGAUUAAUAGGGGUCGAAACCUCCUCGUGCCCUGAGAGCAUCCGACCUUUUUAUAACAAGUGGGACGAUACGGACAAACUGUUUUAAGCAAUAGGCUUGGUGAUUGUAAGAAAGUGACUGAUUUUGUAACUGUUUGCACAGGUAAUUCCGGGCUUAUAGGAAUGUUGUGUUAGUUGAGACUCCACGAGUUCUAUUAGCAUAGGCUUGCUUAAGACAAUUGAGGGUUUAUUGCCGUUGUUCCCGCCCGAUGGCAGUGUUAUAUGUUACAUAUAUCGGAAUGAGUAAUCAUCUCCAUCGACUCGUAGAUUUGGUUCUUAAAGAGAGAUACUUUUAGUGCGCCGGUAAAAUAAUGCGGCAUUUUGAAUUUGCAUAUAUGGACUAGCUGCAGGGCUAGUUAGUGGGGAUCUGUAGUUGUAGAACUCAUUUGCAAGAGGAAGGAUUUGCAGCAUCAGUGUAAGCGAUCAAUUGUGUAUUUUUUGUAUUUGUUUUACCCAUAUUUUAAUGACUAAAAAGCUUCGGUAGCUUUAGAUUUUA